AUGGCCUUCCCCGCCUUUGUGCAGACGGCCGCUGCCAACAGCACCUGUGGAGAAGCCCCCCAGGGCGGCUCCUCGGGCAACCCCCAUGCCCUGCUGUGCUGUACCAGCGCCGGGCACAGCUGGGAACGAGCCAAGGAGGGCCAAGGCAAAACAUGGCUCGGUGGUGGUGUUCGUGUGCAAGAUGGCUUUUUAAGCGAGGCCUCACUACCUCGCCUUUCAGCUGCCUUCACGGUUGUCUUGCGCAGCUGGGUGCCCGGGUCCUGCUUGUGCAGAACCUACCACAAGUUAAUCUUCGCCUGCAUUUCUCUUCCUUCCUUUAGUGACUUCAAUCUGGCGGAUUACGACUACCUGCCGGUGUCUUCUGAAAUCAAAGAACUCUUUGAGUACAUCAAGAGGUACACGCCCAAAACGAUAGAGAUCGAGCACAAACUGCAGCCUUUUAUUCCAGACUUUAUUCCUGCAGUUGGAGACAUUGACGCGUUCCUAAAGGUUCCCCGUCCCGACGGCAAGCCGGACAACCUCGGCCUGCUGGUCCUGGAUGAGCCGUCGACCAAGCAGUCGGAUCCCACCGUGCUCUCUCUUUGGCUGACGGAGAACUCCAAGCAGCACAACGUCACACAGCAGAUAAAAGUGAAGAGUUUGGAGAAUGCAGAGAAGAACCCCAAAGCCAUUGACAGCUGGAUUGAGAGUAUCAGCGAACUGCACCGCUGCAAACCUCCUGCCACAGUCCAUUACAGCAGGCCAAUGCCCGACAUAGAGACCCUCAUGCAGGAAUGGUCACCGGAAUUUGAAGAGCUCUUGGGAAAGGUGGGCCUCCCGACUGCAGAGAUGAACUGCGACCUGGCCGAAUACGUCGACAUGAUAUGUGCCAUCCUGGACAUCCCCGUGUACAAGAGUCGGGUCCAGCCUCUGCACGUCCUCUUCUCCCUCUACUCGGAGUUCAAGAACUCACAGCAUUUCAAGCCCCUGGCUGACGGGAAGAAGGGCAGGAGCCCGCCAUCCAACCCACCUUCGCAAGCGGCAGACGUGGACGUGUUAAGCUUUACUUGAAGCUUCACGUUAGGCCCUCGUUUCCCAGGACAACGUCUGCCGUCGAGAUUUGACCGGAGCAGCCUGUGAAGUGACACACGGCACUUAGAAGCCGCACUGGUUUUACAGACACUGCUGAGCUGUUCUGCAUCCGUAGAGCGGGCCUGGACUUACCGCCUUUAUCCCAGACACUGCCCAAUCGCUCCGUUCUUGACUUGUCCCCCAGCAGGUCAGCAUUAAACCAGCUCUUCCCAAGGGCAGGAUCCCUGUGCCGCAGACGCUGCGGCGCGGAGGCUCUGUGAGCGCAUGCUACGAGCGCUGCAGCAAGCACGAAUAAAUUCUGUGCUCAAACGCAA